AUGUCGGAGGAGCACCCCAUCCGGGCAUCCCAGGACAAGCUGGUCACGGACAGCCGGGGCGUGCCCACGACUGUGACCACGGGCGGGCGCAAGUGCCCCGCGGACAUCGACGACGUGCUGCGGGAGAAGCUGCGGCACCUGGCCGUGAACAGCCACAAGGCGCUGGGUUGCAGGGACUACAGCCUCUACGACGUGCGCAUCGACCCGCAGGGCGAGCCCUACUUCCUGGAGGCGCGUGCCUGUACUGCUCCUUCGCCCCGAAGAGCGUCAUCGUGGGCAUGUGCGCCGGCAGAGGGCAGGAGCAGCGGGAGGUGUUCGAGACGCUCGUGA